AUGUAAAGCUCAAAAUAUCAAACUAAUAAUUCAUCAAUCGGUUCUGAUUAUAUUUUUGAAUAAUGGCUUAAACCCUAUGAAUAAUCAAGAGAAUAAGAUCCUUAAAUUAUAAAAUUAAAAGUAUCAAGUUAAAGAAAAUAAACUUUUAAAAAUAGAACUAUAUUGAACCUAAAUUAUGAAAAUAACAAUGAUUAUGUAAUUACAACUAAAUCUUAAGCUCAGUAAAGAUAUUAAUGCGAAUCUCCUAUCUCAUUCAUAAGCAAUUUUGAAGGGAAAAAGGAUGAAUAUUAUGAUGUAUAAAUUUUAUCUAUAAAGAGAAUUAUUCUAAAUAAAUUAAGAACUCAAAAAAUAAAUGUUCAUAUAGACAUUUUUCACAAAGUUAGAAGAGUUAAAAAGAAGAUUUUGAUUAAUAAACUGAAAGUAUUGCUAACUGUUCCACUAUUUUUUCAUAACAUUACAGAAAUAGUAAAAGAAAUUCAUUAGGUUUUUCUUUAAAUUGCAAACUUCCAAAAAUAAAAUAAAUAAAAUCUUAAAAUAAAUUAUUAAGAAAGUUUAAAGUUAUUAGUAAAGUUAUUGGAAAAAUUAUUUCAUUAUUCUACUAUAUUUUGCCUAAUACUAGCCCAAAAAAAUCCUUAUAUAGCAAUAAAUUAAAAAUAAUGCUGAAUCAAAAAAAUAUAUUUAAAUUUAAUAGAAAUAUAGAUGAGUCUUUAAGUUAAUCUUUUCGAAAAUGGAUAGGACCUUCGCUAUAAAAAAUAUUUUUUCAUCUCCAAAAUUCAUUACCUAAAAUUUUUGAAAUGAAAGUUGAAGAGACAAAAGAAAAAAAAGAUUAAGAAGAAAUUUGGAUGUUAAAUUUUGCCAAAAUUCUAUUUUAAAAUUUAGAAUUAAUUACUAGAAAAGGUAACAUACCAAAAGAAAUUAUAUUGGCUAUGUCUUAAACUAUAUAUAGAAAAAAUAAUUAAUAUGUAUAAUUAUUUGUUGCUUAAAGAACUUAAUUUUAAUAAUAUCCUUUAAAUCUCUUAGAAAUCUAGUUAAUUUGUAGUGAAUAUAUAUUGUAUAAUGCAAUAAUGAUUUCAAUGUUUGAUUUAGCUAAUAAUUUAAAAUAUUAAUCAUUCAAUCAUAAUGUUAAUUGUAAAAUAAAAAUAUUAGAGAUUGCAAGCAUUAUAGAUCUAUAUUACAUAAAGAUCUUUAAAAGUAUGCCAAUAAAAGAUAUUGAUUUUGAAGAAGAAGAACUUUAUACGAGGAUGAUAUAUAUCACCCCUAAUGAAGAUUAAUUCAUAUAUUUAUUAGAUGUUAAAGAAAAAAAUAAGAUGGAUUCUAUGAUUUUAGGUUUAAGAAAUAAAGACUAGGUUUUAAAUAUAUUAUAGCAAAGGCGAAAAUGGAACUAAAAGCUUGAAUAAUUAUUUAAACAAUUUAUACUUAAUUUAUGCUCAUAAGUUGAAAUUUUUGACUGA